AUGGUGAUGGCGGUGAUUGAGUUGGAUGACAAGGACGGAAAAUACGUCUUCUCGCUCCACGUGAAGAAUUUUGUGAUAAAGAAUGAAGUAGUGCAUAUGUAUCAGCUGAAUUGUAUUCCCUUGUCGGAGGACAAAAAUAUUGAUAAUCCAAAUGACAUUAUAAAUGCGAAUAUAUAUAAUAGAUAUUUGCGUCAGUCAAUUCUUAAGCACUUUACAAAGAAGAUGCUAUUGCCGAGCACGAGGAACUCUGGUUUUGAGGCCUUAUGGGAGUUAACAUGCGGCCUGAGAUCCGAAGCCAGAAACAAUUCAUCCGAAUUGGGUGCUGAGGCCGAAUGGGCCGGGCUGGCUAUUGAAAACGAGUACAACUUGCAAGAGUUUCAGGUAGAGUAUGUGAUAAAGCCAUACAGCAAGGACGAUGUUCACAAAUAUAUAAAAUAUGAUGUUUGGUCGAGUACACUGAAUGGGAACAAGAAAUUGGAUGCUGCUUUUCGUGAUUCAGAUGCUAAAACGAGCGAAACUGGAGUGAAGUGUCAUGUCUUUCUAUUUUUCUUGGUGAAUGGUAGUGGACAGUUUGUGGGAGUUGCUGAGAUGAUCGGGAAGUGUAAUGAGUCGAGAACAGAGGAUGCUCCAUCAACUGGUUUGCUAUCAUCAAAUCCCAUUUCUAUUGGCAAGAGAGGAGAAGUAGGUCCAACCCUUGUUCUUGUUGUUCGUAGACUGGAUGAGAAUGUUGAUGAGGAAAUGCUUCGUUAUGAAUUUUCUAAUCGUGCUCCUAUUAAGGAUCUGCGACUUGUCAGAGACAAAUUCACACGUGCGAAGAGGCUUUGCAUUCGUGCAUUUCUGUUGAACUUUCUAAUACUGUUCUUCAUGGAAGCCCUUUUCUACUGUGGAGUUGCUGUUUUUCUCUUCCUGAUCGACCGUUUGAAUAAGCCAAAACAUGCAAGAAUAAGCCGAAACAUUGUCCCUCAUGUGGGGUAUCAAGUCUCUUCUGUUGCUGUUUUGGUUCUCAACAUUAUAAUCCCAACCAUGGAUCCGAAUGUGUUAACUGUGAAAGUAAAAUGCCGAUUUGAUGAUAACACAAGAAAUGGAGAGUUGAUCGAAUCAAAUAGGGACAUACUGGUGGUUCCUUUAGUGAAGAGACCUAAGGACCCACAAUUGUAUACCUUGCAGGACAACAAAUAUUUGCUCGGUGGUAAGUUUAAUGAUGCCGACAGGAAAUCUGUCAUGAGGAUCAUUAGGGAUCUUGUUGAAGAGGCUGGGCUGGAAAAUUCAGACAAGAUACUUCUAGGAGUUAUGGGGCAAUUACUGAUUGUUUUCGACACAUACUACAUGGAUGCCGUGGACAUAAAUCACAGUGAUGAUUGCAUAAAUAUCAAUGUGACUUUAAAUGAUGAGGCUAUUGAGCUGUCCAUCUUAGCCAUGUUUUGGGAGCAACUGUUGAAAUUCCAUGCGAACCUUGACGAAGAAAAACAAUUGGUGAAGCAUUUGGCGAUUAUGGAUUCCCUGCUUGCCUUGGAAUGGGCGCUUGUGGAGGAUGGGCAAAGCGAUUUAAACAAGAUAGUUCUAGGAUCUCUUACUGACACAGAUCAGUAUGUGGACAUGAAUAGCACGGAUGUGGUAAUGAAUCCUUAUUUUAUUGUGCAAUGGAUACCCAACCAUGUGGCUUUAAAUGAUGAGGUUAUUGGGUUAUCCAUCCCAGCCAUGUUUGAGAAGCAGCUGUUGAAAUUCCAGGCGAAUAUAAUGCAAAAGCUUGUGGAAGUUGAGGAAAAUGGCGGCCAAGAUAAAUCCUUGCUUCUCUUGUUUUUCACUUUCAUCAAAUUUUCAAAGAAGGGCAAGGCUGAAGUAAUCUGGUAUAAGAGGAAUGAUUGUAGUGGCUAUUCUGUUCUGCGUGGAGUUUUUGUUAAUUGUUUCCAAAGUUCUGUUCUUCCUGGAGUGUUUUGUACUGGGUUUCAGUUGAGCUCAAGAUUAGGAUGGUUUGACAAACGACAAUUAAAAGAAAGCUCCGAGUACAUCAAAGAUGUCAUCAAGCCUUGCCAGCUUAUGCAUGGUAGACCAACAGUACUAAAUACCUUAUCAAAGAGGAGAUUCAUUCUGUUUGCCACCUCUGAGGAUGAACAGUCAUUCAGUGAACUAGAAGAACCAGAUGAUUUUGAGCCGGAAGAGGAGGGUUCUCUUGCUGAAAAUAACACCUUCGGAAAUAUUUCAUUUGAUCACGCUGAACAAGCUCGGGGAAAACCAGGGAUCAUUUCGUUUUACGGAUCCACAAUGAAAAUAGAAGAACAAGUUCCUGUUACGAGUCAGAACAACAAACUGUUGUGGCUCGUAGGUCCCACUGUUCUUGUUGCGUCGUUUGUUUUCCCCUCACUUUAUUUGUGGAGAAUACUCUCUUCGAUAUUCGAAGAUUCUUUAGUAACUGUUUCUGUUUUUCUCCUCCUGAUCGACCGUUUGAACCGACCGAAGAAAAAGCCAAAACAUGCAGAAAUAAGCCGAGACAUUGUCCCUCACAUGGGGUACCGAGUCUCUUCUGUUGCUGUUUUGGUUCUCAGCAUUAUAAUCCCAACCAUGACAAUGGGUUUUGUUUGGCCGUGGACUGGACCAGCGGCUUCUGCUACUCUAGCACCCUACCUUGUUGGCAUCGUUGUUCAAUUCGCGUUCGAGCAGUAUGCAAAAUAUGUCGACUCGCCAUCAUGGCCCGCCAUUCCCAUUGUCUUCCAAUGCAAAAAGGUUGCAGCUGAUGAGAUGGUAGAGCUAUCUAUCUUAGCUCUAUUUGAUGAUCUAAUGCUGAAAUUUCACGAUGAGUUAGAAAAAUCGCACCUCCUUCCUAUGUUCAUAUAG